UGGCUGAAAUACGACUUAGACAACAACGACACCCAAGUCCUGAAAACCUUAGACAGCCUCUUUGGCCGCAAAGGCAUUUUUCACACUCCAGGGCAAAAGGUUCAGAACUUCCUAGACAAUUUCAAGACACUAGAGGCAGAGCUACCUAAAGCCAUACCAGAGAGAUACCAGGUAAGGCUACUACUCAUCAAAUUGGACCCAGCCAUAAUCCAACAAAUCGUCUCCAACAGCAUGCCACGCACCCGCCAGGAAUUGGUUAGUGCAGCCAAGAGAGCAAAGAUGCUUAUCCAGGAAACCUUGCGUCAACAGGAUCGCUCCAGCAAGCCCCCAGCGAUGUUCCAGAACCAGGGUCAAGAUAGGCACAACACCCCUGCUAUGUCGCAAAGACCUAACAACCAAUUGGGACACUUGACUUGCUAUCGCUGCAAAAAGAAGGGCCAUGUCGCCACCAAUUGCACCAAG